UCCUUAAAGACCCAAAGGACUUGCAGGACGUCUGUUUGCGUAACUGGCGUUGUCUCCCUUCGCAAAGGUCACCGACAGGUGUUCUCACGUUUAGCCAUGGCGUUCGUCGCAAACGUCGCCGCCUCCCUCAUGUCCAGCCCGGGCCUGUUGGUCCUGGUGGUGGCUCUGAUCGCCUUGGUCCUCAUGGUAACGUCGAACAGAAAGCCUCGCGGGAAGAACCCGUUCGCCACCGACUGCAGGAGGCCGGCCGCUCCGCUGGUCACGGACCAGUCCGCCAGAGACCGAGUCAUUAAAAAUGGUUUCGCCAUCAAGAAAGUGCCAGAGACCCUGGAUGCCGUAGUUGUUGGCAGCGGAAUCGGGGGGCUCGGCGUGGCGGCCAUGAUGGCGAAGGCUGGGAAGCGAGUGCUGGUGCUGGAACAACACGACCAGGCAGGGGGCUGCUGCCACACCUUCAUCGAGAAGAGCUUCGAGUUUGAUGUUGGUGUCCACUACAUAGGUGAAAUGUGUGGGUCCACUCUGAACAAGGUUCUGUUUGACCAGCUGACAGAAGGCCAGCUUCAGUGGGAGAAGCUGGAUGAUGAAUUGGAUGUCGUCUCACUUGGGGCUGAAAAUCCAAGGAAAUUUCCCAUUGUCCAAGGAAAUGAAGCAUUUAAGAAGGCUCUUCUGGAGAAGUUUCCUGAUGAAGAGAAAGCCAUCGACGGCUUCUUGCUGUUGCUGAAGAAAGUAAGAAAGAGCAUGAUGGGCUAUGUUGGGCUGAGGUCCAUGCCCCAGUGGCUCGCUAAGCUGCUGGUGAAGACGGGCCUGGUUAACUACAUGACUGACUACUUCAAGUACGCUGGCAAAUCUGUCAAGCAGACGCUCGAUGAACUCACAGACAACCAGGACCUGAAGGCAGUUCUGUCUUACAGCUUUGGGGACUACGGUACUCCUCCCAAGGACGCCCCCUUCACCAUGCAUGCCACCCUGAUCAGUCACUACUACUACAACGGAGGGUACUACCCCAUCGGCGGGGCCAGCGAGAUCGCCUUCCACAUGAUCCCUGUUAUCGAGAAGGCGGGCGGGGCCGUGCUGGUCAGGGCACCUGUCAAUCAAAUCUUGAUUGAUGACAGCGGGGUUGCAUGUGGUGUGCGUGUCCACAAGUCCAGUGGAGACAUUGACAUCCAUGCGCCCAUAGUCAUCUCUGAUGCUGGCCUGUACAACACAUACCAGUCACUGCUGCCAAAGAAAGUUGCCCUGAAACAUGGUCUGGACAAUGUGCUGAGCAAGGUUCGCCAUGGAGUGGGCGCCGUGAGUCUGUUUGUGGGACUGCGUGGCACCAAGGAGGAGCUGGGACUCAAGGCACAGAACUGCUGGGCAUUCACCAACAACGACCUUGAUGCAGGCUUCGAGGAAUAUGCCAGUAGGAGUGCAGAGGAUGCUGGGAAGUCUGACGUUCCUCUCCUCUUCAUUUCCUUCCCAUCAUCCAAGGAUCCCACCCACGAUCAGAGAUACCCAGGCAAGUCCACCUGCACGGUGAUCACCCUGUGCCCGUACGAGUGGUUUGAGCAGUGGGAGGACGAGCGGGUGAUGAAGAGAGGACAGGAGUACAAGGACCUGAAGAUGGCCGUGGCCGCCAGGAUCUGGGACCAGACCUGCAGGCUCUACCCGCAGAUAAAGGACAAGGUGGAGUACUUUGAGAUGGGCACUCCUGUCACCAACAAGUACUACAUCGGGGCUCCCCGUGGUGAAAUCUAUGGGAUCGACCACAACAUGGCCCGCUUCAGCGCAGACACAGCCAUCCAGCUGAAUGCUGAGACACCUGUCCCCAACCUGUACCUGACUGGCCAAGACAUCUUCUGCUGCGGGCUGGCCGGCGCCCUGUUUGGCAGCCUUCUGUCCGCUAACGCUGUCCUGAACCGCAACGUGAUGUUUGAUCUGCUGAACCUCAGGAAGAAGAUAGCCAAAACCAAGUAAAGUGGGGGUAUCCCAUUAAGCAUGGCACUGGCUGUGUAAUGGUUCAGAGAACGCCCAAUCCCACAAUGCAGCAGAGCAUUUUACUGCAGCAAUUGUCAGAAUUGCUGCUUAGAAGUUUGCAUUACGUUUAUCUGUAGUUGAUCAACGAGUGAGGUAAGACGAUUAAAAAAUAAGACUGUCUCCAAGCAGAUCCUGAAAUGAGUAUAUUUGGCUACAAUGCAAGCCACAUUACACUACAGUACCUUAUAGAACUUCAUGUUUCACCUCAAAUUGAGGAUGACUACAGAAGUAGAGAAGAAGGAGUUUUUUCCUAUUUUUAUUAGCUGUAAUUUUGCUUGAGGAUGGAACUAUAUCAUGAAACUCUAUGAAAUUCAGAAUGAACUAUACCAUUGCCUAAAGAAAAGCCAAGGUGAGAUUGCUUUGGAGCAUUGUUGUGUGUUAUACUUGGUGCAAAUAUUUGGGUUAUUUAUAGAUAACCCUAGGUAAUGUAUCGUUCAAUUUUCUCUAGUUCCUAUAAUCAUUCAAACUUUGUAAUUAUAAGACUAAGAGUAUGAUUAACAAAUACACAUGAUGUGGUCAUUAUACUAUUUAGAUGCAUUCCUCUAAAAGAGAGAAGCCAACACAAUACACUUAACUCAGUCGCAGAUGUAAGCUGAUACAUGUAGCACACUAUGAAGUCUUAAUGGUUUUUAACACUUUGUGAGAAAUUUUAGGUGGUCAAAGGAGUACACAAUAAAAACUGUCUUCUCUGCAAAAUUCUACCAAAUAAACAUGAAAGCUUGAAAUUUAUCUCCGCUUGUAUUGGUAAAAUUAAACCAUUUCCCAACAGAAAGAUUGGACUUCCAAAUCUUUGUGCUGGAAAAUAGUUAAUUUUUCCACAAACACAUCACAUGCAGUACAUCUCAAUAAUGCUGCUGGAUUCGAUGUUAUCCACUCCAAUGAAAAGUGCCUAAAGAGCAUAACCCUGUAACAAUUUCAAUACUGAUCUCUUUUGUUAAACUUAAAGCAUAACAAAGUUUUCCACCAAUUUACCUCAGGUUUGUUUCUGAUGAUGAUAGCAUGACAUUGAGGUAUCCCCUUGUGUGUAUACAGAAAACAUAUAUCUUCUUAGUUUUCUUGCAAGACAACAUUGUGCUGAAGAAGUGCCUUGAGAAAGUCCAGCUUCCUUGAA